AAUUAAAGGAACCAUAACCAACCUCUCGGCCUGUAGAUGACUACAAUUCCACAGAGACAGCCGCCGGAUGACGAUGACCGGCCUGCGGGUCUCAAGCUAGCUCGAAAUCACCACGGAUUCCAAAGAGACAACGUACCCACAAACCCAACCCCUUAUGCUGGACGAGAUGUUAUGCAUCGCUUACAACCACGCCCUGAAGAUCCCAGAGUGUCAAUGGAGAACGAUGGCAAUACAAUGCCAUCAUUCAGUAAUCCUCCCAGACCUUACCUUCAGGGACGUGCUCCUUCACUUUCUGGUCACUCACCUUCUGUACCUGCGAGGUCACCCUAUCGAAUUAGAGACUCACAGGCAUCAGUAAGAAUGAGUGAGAAACCACAAGAACGCAUUAUAUCUCACCAUGCGAUUGAAGAACCAGUCAGUCGAUUAAGACAUCUUAGUGCUGCAGACCGGACAAGUCUAUCGGUAGAACUUAGCCGUCUAUGGCGAUAUAAACCGGAUCUGACACCAAAAGUACCAAGUAUCAAGUUGGCAGUGGACGGAACAGACGAUCUUCUUCUUCAGCUGUUAGUUUCUCAGGCUUGUCUGGAUGCCCGUGACUUUGAGAUCCUUUCCUUUGAGCAAUUGGACACGUUAAAACAGAAGCAUCACAAGGCAGCCGAUCGCCUGUCAACCGCUGCAUCUCGCCUUGAACUAGAAACAAAAAUCAACCACGCCACUCGCUCACUUGCUUACCUAGACAGUGUCAGUAAAGAGAACGGGGCACCUACUAAGGAACAACUAGAAGCCACAGAAACGAAAACAAGUGAACUAACAGCAGAAGUGUGUCGACUGACUAAAGAAGCAGCAGAACUCCAACGAAAACUACUUUCUCACACAGCAGGCGUCUUGAAUGCUGGCGUUCAACGUCUAGAAACAAAGGUUAACGAAACCCUGGUAUCACAACCACAACCACAACCACAACAACAACAACAACAACAACAACAACAACAACAGUUAGUACCACAACCAGUAGCGGCAUUAGUGGCUACCCCAGAGACGGAGGACCAAAGGAAUGGGCAGGAGCGGAUGGCGAGGACACUCGACAUGCUCUUACGCCAGCAUCAGACUAAAUAUGUGGAUGCAAAUGGAAACGGGGACAGGGACGGAUACGGAGACUCGGAUGCGACAACUGACUCGGACAGUAGUGACACAUCGGCAAAAGAGCCAUCCAGGGGUCGAAGAUCAGUCCUUGCACGUAUAGGGGAUUGUCUGGAAGCCUACCGCUCGCAGACACGUGAGCUAGAACGUCGUCUAGAGAGAGCAGAAAGUCAACAGGAGAUAAAGGACAUGUCAGAGAAGAAGUUGGAAAUCCAACUGCGCGCCAUGCAAGACCGCAAAGAGGCUGCAGAGGCCCGAUGCCGCACACUCGAACAGGAAGUAUCCUCUCAACAGAAUUUAGCCACAACAGAGCGGCUCCGUGACCAGCUCGCACAGGCGCUUCAUGAGAACGCUCGGCUCCAGAAUUCAUUAGAGAACAGUCAGGCAGAAGCACUGUCUCUCAAGGCAGCCGUGGUCGAACUAGAAGUCCAGGCUAGUAAAGUGGCUGCACAAACCGACCAUCAGUCUCAGACAGAAGCCCAUCGGAAGUCAGAGCUCGACCAGUGUCGGGAUGAACUGAUGGUCCUUCGAAAUGAGAAGGAGCGGUGGGAACGCACGAUGAAACGCUCGUCUGUCUUACAGCUUAUGGAAGGUGGAAGCGAUAGUCUGAGAGCCAAAUACGAACAGCAGCUUGAAGAGCAGGCACAAGAGUAUGAAGCACAACUUAAAGAACAAGGUGCUUUAUUGGACAGGACCAGUCGUACAUUGGCCAAAACAGAAGAAGAACGUGACAAAAAGGCUGCGAUUAUCGGCGAUAUCGAAGAAUUAUUGCGAGAGAAGAUUCGCACUAUGGACAGUCGCGAUAACAAGAUCACUCUUCUCAAAGCUGAAAUGCGUGCCCUUCGAGCCGAACACGCACAACAGAUACAGCAAAUACAGCAAGACCAACAAUCUUCAGGAGGAGGAGCAGCAACAGCAGCAACUGAGGAAGCACUACGAGAAGCUCAAAGAGAAUUUUCUAAACGUGAAGCAGCUUGGAUGGAUCAAAGCACUUCUAUGGAAGCUAACUUUGAAGGUAUUCUAAAAGAGUAUGAUCGUCUGACAGGCUCUGCGAUGGAAUUUGAAGGCGAUCGAAUGAAGUAUCAGCGGCGUAUAGACGAUCUUUCUCGGCACAUAAGUCAACUGGAACAUGUCCUUGCUGAAGAACAGAUCCGCAAACUGGGUCAUUCUGGACCUGACCCUCCCACGACGGCCAAUCUUCGCAAAGAGUUUCGCCAGAUGGUUAAUGAUAUGAAGGCAGACCACCAGCGAUCCCUUGAGAAAGCAACCGAGGAGAAGCGGGGGCUUGAAACCCAGGUCAAGAAUCUUAAACAUGAGCGUGAGAUGGUGCUCUAUGAACGAGUCAAUAAGGGUGUCCAAACAUAUUUCACUCUUGAAUAAUAUCACCAAUUUGUUUUUAAUACAUGUACACUUUUCUUUAAUAAAUUUACCCUUUUUCUUU